UGAGUGAGGGGAAAGUGAGUGUGGAAAGCGCUGAAGCGGAAACGGAAGGAGCCUCUCUUUUUCGCCUUUCCUGCCUUCUCCGCUUCUGUCGAGACAAAGAAAAGAGGCCUGAGGUCGGUUUGGGAGAUGAUCUGAUGUCAUCUGGUUGAACUUUUUAUCUACCAAAAUGUCAAAAAGGCCAUCUUAUGCCCCACCACCCACCCCAGCCCCCACAACCCAAAUGCCCAGCACACCAGGGUUUGUGGGAUACAAUCCAUACAGCCAUCUGGCCUACAACAACUACAGGCUGGGAGGGAACUCGGGCACCAACAGCCGGGCCACGGUAGGAGAAUCAACUAUUACGUCAUCCGGCAAACAACAGGAAGUGACCAGAAAUGGCUUUAGAGCAUCAUCAGGCAUUACAAUCCCCAAGCCCCCCAAGCCUCCAGAUAAGCCACUCAUGCCCUAUAUGAGGUACAGUAGGAAGGUCUGGGACCAAGUGAAGGCGUCCAACCCUGACUUGAAGUUAUGGGAAAUUGGGAAGAUCAUUGGAGGGAUGUGGCGAGACCUCACUGAUGAAGAGAAGCAAGAGUACUUAAAUGAAUAUGAAGCAGAAAAGAUAGAGUACAACGAGUCAAUGAAGGCCUAUCAUAAUUCACCUGCUUACCUUGCCUACAUCAAUGCAAAAAGCCGGGCUGAAGCAGCAUUGGAAGAAGAAAGCCGGCAAAGGCAGUCCCGUAUGGAGAAAGGUGAACCUUAUAUGAGUAUCCAGCCUGCUGAAGACCCAGACGAUUAUGAUGAUGGGUUUUCUAUGAAACACACUGCCACAGCUCGUUUCCAGAGAAACCACCGCUUAAUAAGUGAGAUCCUGAGUGAAAGUGUAGUCCCUGAUGUCAGAUCAGUGGUCACCACAGCUAGGAUGCAGGUUCUCAAGCGCCAAGUCCAGUCCUUAAUGGUCCACCAGCGGAAACUAGAAGCUGAACUCCUACAGAUAGAGGAACGUCAUCAAGACAAGAAGCGGAAGUUUUUGGAGAGUACAGAAUCCUUUAACAAUGAGCUGAAGAGGCUAUGCAGCCUGAAGGUAGAGGUGGACAUGGAGAAGAUUGCUGCAGAAAUUGCUCAGGCAGAGGAACAGGCCCGUAAGCGGCAGGAGGAAAGGGAGAAAGAAGCAGCGGAGCUAGCAGAACGCAAUCAGAACAGUGCAAGUACUGAAGAAGAGCAAGCUGCUAGCAAGGCAGAGGAGAAGAAAGAAGAGGGGUCAACUCCCAUGGAAACAGAAGAACCUCCUCCUGAAGAACCUAUUGAGAACCAGCAAAAUGGUGAAGGGACAUCCACACCAGAAGACAAAGAAAGUGGACAAGAAGGAGUUGAGAGCAUGGCAGAGGAAGGAACAAGUGACAGCAACACUGGCUCAGAAAGUAACAGUGCCAUGGUUGAAGAACCCCCAGCUGAUCCAGUAGUUGCAGAAGACAUUGAAAAGAAAGAAUAAAUAUAUAGCUUCUACUUUUCAUGUAUCCCUCUUUUUUAAAUAAAUUAACAUCACAGGGAAGAGUGGAGUGUUGAUCACUGUUGGUAUUGUUGUUUUCUAUGAUUCCACUACCAAAUAAAUAUUGGGCAUUUUUAUUGUUAGAAAUGUUUGUGAUGCCACUGGAUUGAAAUGGCUAGGGAUGAGCUAAGGCUUUUGGGUGACUAGCUGACAUAGAAACAGGUCCCAGCUCAUAUUUUGCUGUAAUACAGAACAGCAUCAUAUCUCUCCCAAAUAAACAGUUUUGUUAUA